AUGGUCGACAUGAACCACCGAAACGACAUUGAGAGCCUACUCCAAACGGGCUAUUUUACGACUUCCCGGUCGAAAACACCCAAACCGUACGAGCCUCGGGAAAACACAGCAAGAAUCGAACGACCUGUGCCGCAGCAGCGUAGGCCGAGCCCUCCACCACAUGCGACCGUCAUAUUGCGCGAACCGCCAAGAAACAUUGAACCCUCCGUACCCCGAUACGUUCCGCGCCCACCAGCCCCGACCGUCGAAGACGAAGCCGAAGCGCUGUCCAAGGAGCACGGAUCCCUUGACUCGGCUUCCGUCGAUGUACCGCCCUCGCGAGGAGAUAUCGACCAGCAGGUCCUGCUAGAGGAGGCAAAUACCGCUUGGAAAUACGCCCCUCCCUCCGGAGAUGAGAAGCUCGCAGAACCACGAGUGCCGCUGGAGAGGCGCAAGAGCAGACAGGAUUUGCCUCGCAUCGAAACAGAACUUGAAAUGAAAGAGCCCCAGGCAAAGAACCACCACCGCAGCAAGUCAACAAACCACGCCAUUGACCCUCCUGAAUACUUUACGCCUCAGACCAGGAAGCGCGUCUCGGCGACAAAAGAGGAGCUUCUCUCGCCGCAGGUUAUAAAACACUCAACUGGCGGACGCGAUAAGGUCUACUAUGACUAUUCAAAGAGUCAGAGUAGGCCGCUGGCACCGCAGCGAAGCCGGUCCAACCUGGUGGAGAGGAGAUCAGAAGAGACGUCCGGCCGCCCAACUCAAUCGAUGAGUCCAGGAGCAACCAGACGUUCGACCAUGAACGCCGAUGCUCCUAGGCCUGUUAUGAAGGAGCCAGAUGACCGGCCCAGCGAGUCAUCUCGCCGCCGAGAUGAAUACAGAGAAGACAGCUCUUCCCGAUACGAACGAAGGCGCGAGCAGCGUAAUUCGACGUAUCGGCGAGAUUCGCCACUACGAAAACAACGCGACGGUAGUUCAUCCAGCAGUGACUACGCAGCCAAGGCCCCAUCUUCAAACACCCGACGAAGACGAUCGACAGUGAUUCACGAUGACCGGCCGUACUUGUCGACUCCCACUCAGGAACGUACGAAGCCCCUGAGCGGCCGAUCGAGGUCACGAGCUCCCACUUCGCCAAUCCCAUCUCCGCAGAUUUCCGGCAAGUCCUUUGAAGAAAGUUUACAGCCGCAAGGCCCUCGCAGUUCCGCCACCUUUCCCACGCCUCGGAGUAGCCGCGAGUCCACCUUGCCGUAUCCUGAGGACGACAUCCUGCCGCGGAAAGAUAUCAUGGGACCUCGUGAAGAGGAGCGUCGAGUACCACGUUCUCGCUCCCGAGUGCCGCCGACUUUGGCACCAUCUGCAUCGGUGCCGGCUGUGAUGCCUUUCAUGCCACCCGAACCAUUCCAUUCGGUUGACCUUACACGACCCCCAAGGCCAGUGACACCGGAAGCUCGAGCGUCGACAUUACAGUUCGAUCUGCGUCAGGAUCAAGCAUGGCCGCCCGCUCCUUUCGACCCCUCCAAGAACAGCCUGACCGUCGACCGGCCGGUGGGUGCCUACCGUCGCUAUUCAGAAGAUGCAGGGCGAGAUGGCCCUGUUCAAAUUCCGGACUGCCCCAGGACCAAAGGCGUGGCUGGCAAAAUAGAUUGGCUCUGCUUACCUCACUGCGACAACUUCAACAUCUGCCCUGAUUGUUGCUCGGGCGUCUUCGGAAAGUCGUCAUUUCGCAGCGAAUUCAAGGCCAACCUGUUCAGGUCUAUCGACAAGCCCAUCAGUUGUGACUUUGGGACGUCGCCGUGGUAUCGCAUCGCCUGGUUAUUAACGCUCAAAUACAACCAGCCCGAUUUGCGACUUUUCCACCAGAUUGCGAAGAUUGCGAAGAACCAGCCGUGUCCAGGGGACCGCGUUGUGCUGCGGUCUUGGUACUCCAUCCAGAACCCAAACCGGGAUGGCACUUUGCCCGAUUUCAACGUCUGUUAUGAAUGCGCCAAAACAAUCGAAGUCCUCCUGCCCAGUCUUACAGGGUGUUUCAUACAAACUCAGGCAAUGGCGUUGCCUUCGAAUAAUAUUUGUGCCAUGCGUUACCAUCCCGAUCGCAAGCGAUUCGUGCUUUAUUUCGACGCCAUGGAAACAACGUGCGACCAGGCUAUCGCGGCGACCUCGGCACCGAAUAUUCCAAGCCUUGCCAAGACGAUUGAUCGCAUCUCCAUGUUCACGGAGUGUCGCGAGGAUCGCCCUGUGGCGGGGGAAAAUUGGUAUGUCAUGCAGCACUUACCAGAACUGGCGGUCUGCGGCGACUGCUACGAUGACGUUGUGAAACCCCGGAUUCUCCAAGACGGUCAGGUUGCCCGAAACUUUUCCAUGCGGCCGAAGCAACUGAGCAUCGCGACUUGCCAACUCUACUCUGAGCGCAUGCGUGAGGUGUUUAGAAAAGCAUGUCGGCGCAACGAUGUCAAGUAUCUGGAGGAUAAGGUGUUGGAGAGACAGAAAAUUGAGGCGAGCAUUCACGCCGAGCUGGCCCGCCUGGACAAGCGUCGGGGACAGGAUGAGUGGACGGAGAAGGAGAUGGAAAAGCUCAUCAGCACGUGGAAGAAGUGGGAAUGA